ACGUCACCCCCGGGUGGCUCAAGCCCAACAAGCCAAAGGGUGAGACGCGAACAUGGCGGCGGCGGCGGCGGGUGGUGGUGGCAGGCGGGACGAAGACGCCGAGGCGGCUUUUGAUGGCCACAGCAGCAACGAAGACGAAGGACAGAACCUGUGGCUCUCCAUCUUAAGCGAGGUGUCCACCAGGUCCAGGUCGAAAUUGCCGGCGGGCAAAAGCAUUUUUGUUCUCGGCGAGGAUGGCUCGGGAAAGACAUCGCUCAUCGCGAAGCUGCAGGGAGCGGAGGACGCGAGGAAGGGACGCGGGUUGGAGUACCUCUACCUGAACAUCCAUGAUGAAGACCGAGACGACCACGCCCGCUGCAACGUGUGGCUACUGGACGGCGACGUCUACCACAAGGGGCUGCUGCGGUUCGCGGCGACGCGGGAGAACGCGCGCGACUCGCUGGUGCUGCUUGUAGCCGACCUGGCGCGGCCCUGGCUCAUCAUGGAGACGCUGGAGAAGUGGAGCCAGGUGAUGCGCGAGCACCUCGACUCGCUCGCCAUCCCACACACGGAGCAGCGCGACAUGGAGCACAACCUUGUGCGCGAUUUCCAGAGCUACGCGGAGCCGGGCGAGGAGGGCUCUUUGGCAUCGCCGCGCCGCACGCACGCCACGGCCAUCGGCGAGGGCGACGAGGAGUCGGAGCCGCUGCCCCUGGGAGAGAACACGCUCACCCACAACCUGGGCAUCCCCGUCGUGGUCGUGUGCACCAAGAGCGACGCGGUGAACUCGCUGGAGAAGGAGUACGACUACAGGGAAGAGCACUUUGACUUCAUGCAGUCGCAUAUCCGCAGGUUCUGCCUGAGGUACGGCGCUGCUCUGAUUUACACAUCGCUCAAGGAGGACAAGAACGUCGAUCUGCUCUACAGAUACUUGCUGCACAGGCUCUACGACUUCCCCUUCCGCACCACCGCCCAUGUGGUUGAAAAGGACUCGGUCUUCAUCCCAGCGGGAUGGGACAACGAAAAGAAGAUCGCCAUCCUGCACGAGCACUUCCAGACGGUGCGACCAGAGGAUUGCUACGAGGAAAUCAUCGUCAAGCCGCCCGUGCGCAAGUGGGUGCAGGAGAAGGAGGUAACGGUGGAGGAUGAGCAAGUAUUCCUCAUGAAGCAGCAGGCACUUCUUUCCAAGGUGCCAGCCUCAACUGCAGGGCGGCCUAUGGACGUGUCGGGCGGGUCCCCGCGGGCCGUGAGCCGGCCGGGCCAGACCAACGUGGCGAGCGUGUCGCCUCUCCAGACCCCUGGCAAGAAGCUCGACCCGGCCAACAUCAAGGGUGGCGCGACCAGCGAGGGGGUGCUCGCCAACUUCUUCAACAGCCUGCUCACGAAAAAGGGGGCUUCGCCGGGGGGGCCCCCCUCCCCCGGCCAGGCAGCAUCCCCCGGGAACGCCAAGCCCCUGGUCCACAGCGCCCAUCCUCUCGCCUCCUGUCUCUCCACCUCUGUCCUCUCCCCCUGUCUCUGCGUGUCUAUCUCUCGCGACCACACCGCCCCCCACCCCACCACCCACCACCGUCACCCCCACGCGCCUGGCGGGGAGACUGCCCCGUGCCAGCAAGGUCCGAAACCGGCCAUGACCGAUGUGCAGGCUGAACUGGACCGACUGGUCCGGAAACCCGACUCGCCCGCUGCCCAACCCACGCCCUCCGCCCAGAACGAGGUCUUGUGAGAUCCUCCACCUCGUCCUCUUCCACCUCCUCUCCCCCCUCCCUGCCCACCGCCACAGCCACCUCCGCCACCGUUUCCCAGCGCCAUCCCCAAAACCGUUGGUCUGCAGGAUCUGCCCAUCACCCUCGGCCCGGCACCAGCAGGAACACGUGUGUUCCAUUACCUCUCUUCCACCGGUACAUCCGAGCCAUACAGGUGGUUACCCGUUUGGCGAUAUGCCGAGCCAGAACCAGACCAUGAAACUCUGGUCUCGUAAUAUAUCUGAAUCUUGCUUGGGGCCAAGGAGGGCCAGGGGCGCAUGGUUAAUCAUGUACAUCGUUGCAUAUGCCGUCAUUGGCUCGGUUUUGCAGUGGACAGCCUCGGGCUUUCUGAGCCUCGUGCCAGACUGGCUCGGCAACGGACCCGGUGCAGCUCAGUUGUGCAGUGGAAUAGAGGUACUACUUUCCACACUUUUAAGUCGUCUGGUUUAUUUAUUUUUAUUUUGCAAUUUGUUUAGUUGUUUGAUAUUCCCCACCCACCACCCACACUGAUGCGACGGAGCGAGUAAUAAGCGUCCGCUUUUGUUGAUGAUGUUGGUGAGCAGGAGCAGCAUGCGUGGUUUGCCUGUCCGGCGGUCUGGAUGUGCGGGCCUACUUGUACUUUUGGGCUUUGCCGUCGCAAAUGCGGUAACGUUGCCCACCGCACAGAGGCGUAAAACUAUCAACCAGCUGCGGCACGAGAUGCGCUUUGUGGGCACAAAGAGUUUGAGUCGCGCAUUUGUCAAUGUUGAAAGGUGGGUUUUAUCUCUUGACGGCACAGAAGGCACCUGCAUGUACAGCUAUCGGGGUGGUGCUCUACUUAGAUUCAGCGUGCAUUCAGGUCACACUUUAAGCAAGUGAUCGAUGUCCAUUUGUGCAUUUUCUCUUUUGCAAGGGAGACUUGGAGGUCGACACAAUUUUAAAAUGUAGCCUAGUUGAAGUCACUUAAAUUUUAGGGGUUUUUUUUUUGGAAAGGUGUGGUACUUGCAAACACUUAAAAGUUAAUUUCCUGUACAUUUCAAAUAAUGUUAUUUGAACAAAAAUAAUAAUUCAUAGCACUCACAAAUUACUGUGCAAAGAGAGGGGCCACUGACUUAAAAAAAAUGCACGCAUGGCUUUGAAUUUGCAGUUUAUUCCAGAAUAGGAUCCGUGUUCAGUUAUUUAAAAA